CGAAAACAAUGCACAAGAAGACAUUUUAUCAAUAUAUUUAUUUAGACUCCAUCCAUAUGCCUGCAGUAUACCCUUACUUUAUAUAUAUUUAUCUCGCGCUCUUCAAUUUCGUCCAAGAAAGUAUAUAUACAUUGUGUAUACAUCCUUCCCCUUUGUGAACUUCCGCUCUUCCAUCCGUUCAACAAAGUGUAUAUACAUUGUAUAUACGUCCUUCCCUUUUGUGACCCCUGCUUUUGUGUGUAUACAUCCUUGCGCUUUGUUACCCCUGCUUCUGAACUUAAAAUUGACUGUCAAGUUUCUGAUAAUGGCCGGCCUGCUAAAGAAACGGUGCCGCGAGGAUGAGGCUCCGCUGACUUCUCCAAAACGUUCCCGGGCUGAGACGGAGAAAUUGAUCUUUGAGUUACUGGAAGAGGAAGAAAAAUGCACUGCAAGUGAGGAAGUUGUUAACGGGAUUAUGAGAAGUCUGGAGGAGGAAAUCGGGCUAACUUCUUGCUCGACUUCUUAUGACAGCUCUUCUGGAUCAAAGAGGGAUGAAUCUGUGUCUUCUGAUAUGACCAGCCGCUAUGGAGACUCUGGCGAAAUUAAUCUGGAUUACCUGUUAGAGGCUUCCGACGAUGAGCUUGGUAUUCCUCUACAGAAUUCAGAGGAGGAUCAUAAUUUAUUUUCUUCUUCUUCAAAAGAGGAGUUUUUAAAUCCUUGUUUCGGCUCUGCCGAAAACCAGGAAUUUAAGGGCUUUGUUGAUAACUGGUUUUUUGAGGAUGAUUUGGAGGAUUACAGGCAGUUUGCAGUUUUCGACGAUGCUGCUGCCUUCGAUCUUGCCAGAUCAGAGCAUUUAGUGACGGAAAUACCUGAAAUUUCCAGUCGUUUGUAUUGAAUGGAAAUGAUUUAAUACGAUAGUAUUUGUUGCAUCUGUAGAUCUGCUGUAGAAUGGCUGCCCUGUAAAAUAUAUCAGAAGGUUCAUUCGUUUGACGAAAUUAAAGGGAGAGGAAAAUCUUUUGCCGAAAAGUCGUUCUGCAUGUCACAUGGGUACAUAUAUAGUUUCAGAGGUUCGGUUAGUAUUAAAAGGAUUUCUAAAAUUUUGAAAUUCUAUUUUUGAAAAUAAUAAAAGUCGUAAUGGUUAAGACCUCAA